GAGACCUGGGACUGGCUGCAGGCCAGCAGGGUGGUGAGGAAGCUCUGAACAGACCUGGGGACAGGGGCAAUCCUGGGCAGGAAUGAGGAACCAACUCCCUGCAGAAAAGUGAAAGUACUUAGGGAACUGGCCAGCGGACGCAGCGUGCUCUGUCUCCAACUAGAUGGGAGGAAGCUCUUGGGCUUGCCCACAAAGCAGGAAAUUCCAAACACGUGUCUUCCAGCCGAGCCAGACUUUUCUGAGCAAAGGGCUGGUUUAGGAUAAAUCGAAACUGAGCUGUGUUUAUAAAGUCACGAAUGCACUGAGCUCUUAGGAGAUGACUGGCAGCCUGUGAGGGAGAGCUUGGCCAGGCCAGUGAAGCACAGCUUCUGUCGGGAUGGUCCCAAGCUGCUAAGUGCUCCUCGGCCGGAGUACACACUUUUCCUUGGGGGUCUGUCACCUCAAGAGCUGACCCCAUGCAUGUCCAUGGCAUGGAGCGGUUUGGGACUAACCCUCUGUCCCAGAGCAGCACUAGCUGCCUCUCUGAAGACUCACAGGAUGGGAAUAUCCUAAUGGUUGGAGCGGUGAAUUCUUUGGAAGAAAAGAAGCUGAAAAGACGUCAAAAGAAUCGUGCAGCUGCCCAGAGGAGCCGACAAAAGCACACAGAGAAGGCGGACGAGCUCCAUCAGCAACACGAGCAGCUGGAGCAAAAUAACACAGCCCUGAAGAAGGAGAUUGAGGCCCUGAAGGAGGAGCUGAACUACUGGAAUCAAAUGCUCAAGGACCAUGAAUCCACCUGCCCGGGCAUGCUGACUCCCUCCUUGCCAACACAGGCCCCUCUUCUGCACUGGCUGGCAGAGGGGCUGAACCGGGGGAUACAGUGACCCUGGCUACCCCUUGGGAGUCCUAAGCUAAGGAGGGCUGUUAAACUGUGAGAGAAGAGCUGCUGCAUUGGAUCAGACCCAUAGACCCAUCCAGCCCGGUAUCUCUCCCUCCCUACUGCCCUGGCUCAGGCUCACAGCCCAUGUAGUUCCAUCUUUGACAUCAGCCAGAAGCAGAUGCUUGAAAGGACAGCACCAAAUGUAAUCUGGGAGGUGGGCUGGUGAGUGGAUGCAGCUUUGCUUCCUUCCAGGCAGCAGAUCUCUCCACAACAAUCAAACGGUCUUCCUCAUAUCAUGGUUAGAGGGGGAAUUCCUAACCAAUCCAUGAGGUAACCCAGAAUGGGAUCAUGCACAGACAGAACCCAGCACAAUACGGGGAGCAGAAGACCUUGCCGGAUGCUGUCUAACACUAAAGCCAAAACAGACUGGUGGCAUGUGAGGAGACUAAUAAAAUUCACACUCCCAACCUCCAGCCAACACUUGACCUUGCUCUAUCCAGCCUGGUCUCCCCACCCUACUACACAGAACUGGGGACACCAAUCAGCUAGGAUUCCCUAAAAGGUGCAACUCAGAGGGGCUAGUGCUAGGCCCUAUCCAUUUAGCCCUCAGUGCAGCCCUGGUGCAUUAUGGCGUCCAGGCUUUUUCCCUAGCCUUAAGCACAGUGUGAAUUUCACCCUAAGGAGCCAUUACCAAGCUGCUGUCUGGGCAGCAGUUUGUACUGAAAUGGAUUGUUAUUUUCCUGGGUUCUUUGCUAACUGGGUGCCAUGUUUAAUGAGACGAUGAACUUCUGACAUUUUUGUAAAUGUCUGUUCUAUGCAACAGAGACACUAUUUCUGCAGGAGAGUCUAUUGGCUUGGAGUUUGUGUCUGCAGAGGUGUGAACUUUACAUUAAACUGGGUUUAUUCUCUUGUA